UGGGAGUCACGUUUGGGGUUCACAUUACGUUUAUAAAGACACAUUUAUGUUGGGCACACACCAGUUGAUACUUUAGUCGUUCAUAGAUAUUAACAUUUGACAACAUUAUUUAUCAAAGGGGAUUAGCAAAGUAUCAUUGAGACUUGUGCAGAAUUAGAGAAAAUGCUGCUUCACACAGCAGGGCUCUUUCUAUUGACUAUGUCCAUGGUCGAUAGCGGAGAAAUAAAAUUUGCUAAAAGACAAAACUCUAAGUACACUUAUAUGGCACUAGUUCCGUCAUAUGUUGGCGCAGGGACCAAUGCGACUAUCCAAGUGCUUUUCGCAAAACCUGUAACCAAUGAAAGACUGACGGCAAAACUGUUCGAACUAACGUGGUACGGAAAUGGUAACUAUACACGGAAGAUACGUUCAGUAGUGACUCAAUACGUACCUAGAAGGGUGGCGGACACCAAAAUAUAUCUUCCGAUUCCAGCGAUAUCAUCAUGGGGAAGAUACGAGAUAGAGGUGUCGGGUACUGGCCCUGUAACUUUUCAAAACUCCACCUCAGUGUCAUUUCAAAGACGGAAAAAUGCUAUUUUUAUUCAGACUGACAAAGCUAUGUAUAAGCCAGGGGAUAGAGUUCAGUACAGGGUUUUUGUCGUUGAUAGCAAACUGAGUUUAGCGGAUCCGUUUCUUGAUAUAGAAAUCUUUAACCCUAAAGGAAAUAAGAUAGAUGAACUGGUGGGGGUAAGAAACAAGUUCGGUAUAAGUGGUUAUCUUCAGUUACCAACAUUACCAAUGCUUGGCAAUUGGAGGAUAUAUGUCAAAUCAAAUGAACCUGGCGAUAGCGAAAACUUUUACUUUGAAGUGAAAAAAUACGUGCUUCCCCAGUUUGAAGUGAGCGUGGAGCUAGAUGCAUUUGGAAGGACAACGGACACCUCUCUAAACGGAAGAGCUACAGCGAAGUAUACCUUUGGGGACCCAGUUGCCGGGACAUGCGUUCUCACAAUUAGGAAGCGAUAUGAAUCGGGUUUCUAUCACCCAAAGGGUGUGAGAAGGGAUCUCACUCUGAUCAAUGGAGAAGCUACAUUCAGCGUACCAAUAGACCUAGUUAAAACUUUGAUUUACGACGAACUUGAUUACGAGACGUUUCUGGUCCAUGCAAAUUGUACUGAGACAAUGACUGGACAAACUUUAGAAGGGGAGGGGGAAAUUCGUUACCAUAGCAACCAAUACAGACUUGAAUUCUUCCCAAAUAUGGCAGAUAACUUCAAACCUGGAUUUGAUCCUUACAAAGUGUCUGCAAAGGUUAAGAUGCAAGAUGGUAGCCCACCUGAACUUAAACCAACAGACGACAAAACUGUCAGGUUUACUUUUACCUUCUUUACUGAUGAACCAGUGAUCGGACAGAUAGAAAACCGAAUAUCAUUUGCUAAUUAUUCCCUUAUCUGCCCAUUCAUCAACGGUGAAGUUGUAUUAAAGAAGUCGAAGACCUACCCAAUUGGAGCGGACGGGUCAAUAAAGUUUGAAUUACCCAUUCCAUCCAAUAUUGCCACGUUUUCAAUAAAGGCUGAAUACUCUGGAGUAACUGCUGUUAAAGAAGUGAGCAGAUUCAGAUCACCAACCAACAAUUUUCUUAGAAUUCGAAUGUUGAACGCAAAUGCCAUGUCUUCAUUAAAGAUUAACGACUUUGUCACAAUGGAAAUUGACAGUACAAUCGGGGGAAUGAAAAUUUAUUGGAUGGUAUGUUCUUUUUGA